UAAGGGGAAAAAUCGAGAAGAGGCGAUGAUGCUGAUAUUACGGCCGGCGGCAUUGUGGGCUUCGAAAGGGCGGGUGGUUUUCCAAGGAAGGAGGUUUUCGGGUGCUCUGCACCAACAAGGUAAAGGCCAUGUUGAUGAGUCUUCAUUCCGGCCACUAUACAUGGAUGUCCAAGCAACUACUCCUCUGGACCCAAGGGUCUUGGAUAGCAUGCUGCCUUAUCUUGUGCAUUACUAUGGCAACCCACACUCUAGAACUCAUGCAUAUGGUUGGGAAAGUGAAACUGCAAUGGAAAAAGCCAGACAGCAAGUUGCAUCAUUAAUAGGAGCAGAUCCUAGAGAAAUUAUUUUUACCAGUGGGGCUACAGAAUCAAACAAUAUAGCAAUUAAGGGUGUUGGAAGAUUUUAUAAAUCCAGAAAGAAACAUAUAAUUACAACACAAACUGAACACAAAUGUGUACUAGAUUCUUGUCGUGCUCUAGAAGCUGAGGGCUUUCGAGUCACAUAUUUGCCUGUAAAGAAAAAUGGCAUUAUAGAUUUAAAGGAACUGAAAAAUGCAAUACAACCUGACACAGGUCUAGUGUCAAUAAUGACUGUGAAUAAUGAAAUAGGAGUGAAACAGCCAAUUGGUGAUAUAGGUGACAUCUGCAGUUCCAAUAAAGUUUUUUUUCAUACAGAUGCUGCACAGGCAGUUGGAAAAAUCCCUCUAGAUGUCAGUGAUAUGAAAAUUGAUUUAAUGAGCAUAAGUGGCCAUAAAAUUUAUGGUCCCAAAGGGGUUGGUGCAAUUUAUGUCCGGCGGCGACCGAGAGUAAGAGUGGAACCUAUACAGAGUGGAGGAGGUCAAGAGCGAGGAUUACGUUCUGGAACUGUGCCAACUCCAUUAGCAGUUGGCCUUGGGGCAGCUUGUGAAUUGGCACAGCAAGAAAUGGAGUAUGAUCAUAAAAGAAUUAACUUAUUGGCUGAUAGGCUAAUCAAAAAAAUAAUGUCAGAAAUUCCUGAUGUGGUAAUGAAUGGAGAUCCAGUGCAUCGUUACCCAGGCUGCAUCAAUUUAUCUUUUGCUUAUGUGGAAGGGGAAAGCUUGCUGAUGGCCCUAAAAGAUGUGGCACUCUCUUCUGGAAGUGCUUGUACAUCUGCAUCUUUGGAACCGUCAUAUGUAUUGCGUGCAAUUGGAACAGAUGAAGACUUGGCUCACUCAUCUAUAAGAUUUGGAAUUGGACGUUUCACUACUGAAGAAGAAGUAGAUUAUACUGUAAAUAAAUGCAUACAACACGUCAAAAGAUUAAGAGAAAUGAGCCCACUGUGGGAAAUGGUACAGGAUGGAAUUGAUUUGAAGAGCAUUAAAUGGACACAGCAUUAAAAUGCUUAUAUUGGACUGCAUGGUUAUGGAUUAAAUUCUGUACAUUCCUGAGGAAAAGAAUAUGGCUGUUGCUUAAAAUGCACAACCCCUGAGAGACAAGUGACAUGCCUCUUUUUAAAUAUAGAGCCGGAAAAUUAAUCCUAAAACAAAGUUUUGUUAAGUGUGCAUUAACUUUCACAUAAAGAAGUAUACAUGGAUAUAAAGUUUUCUGAUGCCAAAGAAGUUGCAGUACUUUUAUUUUUGAGGUGAUCUUCUUGCAGCCUUCUUGAGUCUUUAGAAUUGUAUCAUUGUGGGAAAAUGUUUUGUUUUGUCUCUUCUGUAAGUAUCAUGAGGCUACUCUGAAUAUAUUUUAUCAACAUGUUACCUUGCAGAAAUAUAUUAUACAUUCAGAAAUGAUCUUGCUUAUAGAAGGCAGUCUUCCUUACAAAAUCCUAUGUCUUAGUGCUUGUUAUGUAGCAGUGAAUAUGCUAACUCAUGAAUGUAGAUCUUCCUAUAUAAAAUUCAAGUCCUUUUUAAAAACAUAUUUAAAAUAUUUAAAAAAUAUUUUACUGGUUUCGUUUGAUACUUCCUGAACUGACCCUACAUUAUAUAUUAUCCCAAAGCAUAUAUUAUGUACCGAAUUUAGAAGAUGAUGCAGUGAGCUGUGAUAACGAAUUCUGUAUGUCAUGGCUUUACUUUCAAGUGAAAAUGAAAGAAUUUAAUGUUAUGUAUUUCAUGCAGUCAACAUAUGUUGAUUUUUUUAAGGUGAUAUAAGAGGGUGCUGGGCUAAGAAAAGAUCAUAUUUGUUUGGAAAUGGCCUGCUGUUUUUGUUUGCUCAUAUUUAUUCAAAAAUACUUUUUGUUUUGCUUGACAAACUGAUGAGGCUAGUGCUCCUUGAAUUCCGAGGUUCUAUUUGCCUUAGACUGAAUCUUCUGCCAUUCCUUAUCCAGUGAUGCUGCUGCAGACCAUCACAGGAACCUGAAAUGCUCUACCUAUGUGGAAAGCAGUCAUCUUGAUUGGUAUCCCAGAUACUGUUGUGGUGCCAUGCCAGUUAUUACAUACAUUUUGUGACAGAUGGGGGAAAAAAAACAAUGCAUGGAGACCCAAUCAGGUUUUGCAUCCCCUGCCCCCUUUUGGAAGCUUCAUUCUGUUUGCGCAGAAUGUGCAGGCAGAUGGGAGAUAGAAUUAAACUUAUAUUAACCCUCUCUUUCUGGUUCACACAAUAUAUGUAGUUAUAGAUAAGUGAGCUAACAGUUAAUUCUGGAUAAAUUCAAGUUAACUGAUCUAGUAAAAUGUAUCCCACAA